CAGAUCCUGCCGCGAUAGCGAGGAAGCGGUCUUUUCAGAAAACAGCUAUUACCAAGUCUGAAAAUGUUUCCAAAAGGACGAGAGUAGCUCAUGGACAGAGCACUGAAGUGGCCAUCAGUGCCGAAACACGGGUGCGGGAGUUCCCAGAUGAGCCGCUCUAAUUCUAAAGCGACUGUGGCAAGUAAGUGUGCCUGGCAUGCCAUACACCAUUGUCAGGGAAGAAGAGUAUAAUCGUGUCCCAUAUUGCUACCGCGAGACACAAACAAGGAAAGUCCCGUUUGGAGAGGGAAACUCAGAGGCAGAAGCUGGUCAAGGAGUCCUUCUUGGCGUAUCAGAAACGACUGGGGAAGGCUCUAGCUGACACCGGUCUUAUUGAGGCCAUUAGUUCAGCGAGUCUCUGCUGCGGAUCCAGAUUGUGCGUUCUAUGUUGCAAGCAGGAAUCCCACCUUGCACUCCAGAAUCACACUGGAUCGACUUCCAAUUUCAUGCUCCAACAACCGCAGAACUCCAUGGAGCAGAUGUCUUCCCUUCAUCGUGAGAAAGCGAAGCUAAUUCAACAACAGCUUGUCUUGCUUCUACAUGCUCACAAAUGUCAGCGUCGUGAGACUGUUCCGAACGAACCCCCUUGCAAAAUACCGCAUUGCAGGAUCAUGAAGUUUGUUCUGACCCAUAUGCAAGUCUGCCAGGCUGGUCGGUCUUGUGAAGUUGCACACUGCGCAUCAUCGCGUCAGAUCAUCAACCACUGGAGAAACUGUGCGAAGCCGGACUGUACUGUGUGUAGUUCACUGCGGGCUCCCAAUCGACCUGAUGUUCUGAAUGGCGUGAACUCAACACCGGGCAUGGUGAAUGGACUAAACCCAGCAACAGCUGCUGCCCACAUGAUCAAUGCAAAACAAGGCAUGGGAAUGCUGCCUCUGCCUGGGAAUGGUGUUGGUGCUGCAGGAUCAGCUGGUGCAACGCCACUGCCCGGUAUUUCUAAUCUCGGUCUGCAUAAUGGUUCGGCUAUGUACAACAACUUGCCGAACAAUGGCAUGCUUCCUUCUGGUGGCAAUCACAUCGGUUCAGCUCCUGGUUUUGGCAUACGUGGUGGCAGUCCUGGCCUGCUUCCCAAUUUUGCGUUGCCUACGGGUAAUGUUGGUGCUGGCAAUAUGCAACAGCCAGGUGCCUACCCCAUGGCCAAUAAUGAGCACAGCACUAACCUGGUCAUACAGCAGGUGUCCAGUUUGUUGCAAGUUUGCCCACCUGUGGCGAAUCAACCUUGGCAUGAGAGUUAUCCCAACGCCCGUCGCCAGGAUGUCAUUCGCAAAGUGUUUCAAAAGCUCGCCAUGUCUUUUCCUCAUCUAAACCCUCGGCAUUACCAGCGCAUUGGCCAGUUUUCCAUGAAAAUGGAAGGCAUGCACUUCUCCCAUGCGAAAAGCGAAAUUGAGUAUAUCAGUAUGGUGUCAGCAAAAGUGGAUGCUAACAUACAGUCACAGAUUGCGAAACGCCAGCAGCAACAGCAGCAGCAGCAACAACAGGUGCAGCAGCAGCAGCAAAACGGAGGUCGAGCUAACUCCAUGAAUAUGGACAUUGCAACACAACAGGCAAUGACUACGCAGCAGAUCACUGCAAUGCAGCAGCUGCAACAACAGCAUCAGCGCCAGCUUCUCCACCAGCAACACCAGCAGCGCCUUCAGCAGUUACCCCACCAGCAGCAGCACCAGCACCAGCACCAGCAGCAGCAACAACAACAGCAGCAGCAGAUGGAAGCUCAGCUGAACCAAAGCCAGUCCACAGCACAGCAGUUUCAAUGGCUGACCAAUGCGCCUAACCUCUCAGCUUCUAGCACACCUGUGCUGAACAUAAAUGUCCAAACCGAAGGCGAGACCACAUCUAAUGUAUCGACAACGUCUGCCCCUUCAUCUCAGCCUGUUGCUACUCCAAUUCAGGCUGCAGCGUCCUCGGCUAGCUCUCUGUUUUCCAGCACUAACAUGCUAUCUGCAGCGUCCUCGGCUAGCUCUAUGUUUUCCAGCACUAACAUGUUUUCCAGCACUAACAUGCUAUCUGCAGUAAAUCAGUCGCCAGCAGCUGUCGCUGCAGCGUCGGACAGCACACUUCUUCAACAGUCCGGUGCUGGAGACAUGGAUACUGGCAGUCUUCCGGCCAAUAUGUUUCCAUCUACCACUCCAGAAGCUGACGGAGUUCCAGGCAAGACAUCUAACUCCAUGAAUAUGGACAUUGCAACACAACAGGCAAUGACUGCGCAGCAUAUCACUGCAAUGCAGCAGCUGCAACAACAGCAUCAGCGCCAGCUUCUCCACCAGCAACAGCACCACCAGCAGCAACAACAACAGCAGCAGCAGAUGGAAGCUAAGCUGAACCAAAGCCAGUCCACAGCACAGCAGUUUCAAUGGCUGACCAAUGCGCCUAACCGCUCAGCUUCUAGCACACCCGUGCUGAACAUAAAUGUCCAAACCGAAGGCGAGGCCACAUCUAAUGUAUCGACAACGUCUGCCCCUUCAUCUCAGCCUGUUGCUACUCCAAUUCAGGCUGCAGCGUCCUCGGCUCGCUCUCUGUUUUCCAGCACUAACAUGCUAUCUGCAGUAAAUCAGUCGCCAGCAGCUGUCGCUGCAGCGUCGGACAGCACACUUCUUCAACAGUCCGGUGCUGGAGACAUGGAUACUGGCAGUCUUCCGGCCAAUAUGUUUCCACCUACCACUCCAGAAGCUGACGGAGUUCCAGGCAAGACAUUCGAAAUGUCUGCGGAGAUUGUGCGGGAUACGUUUCUUCCGAUUGUGGAACGACUGGUCACUCAUACUCCAGAUAGCUUACCCUUUCUACAACCCGUCGAUCCGAUUCUUUUGCACUGCCCUGACUAUCCGCAGAUCGUGAAGGAGCCAAUGGAUUUGUCAACUCUGAAACAGAAGCUUGUCGACCUAGAAUUCACCGAUCCGUGGGAAUUCAUUGCGGAUGCCUACAAGAUUGUGGAGAACGCAUGGUUGUAUAAUAAGAGGACCAGCAAAAUUCACAGGCAAGCUACACGACUAACUGAUUUCUUUGAAAAGAUCAUCGAUGAGCCCAUGCAGAAUAUUGGAUUUUGUUGUGGCAAGUCGAGGUUCUACACAGCUCAAGUGCUGUAUUGUGCGUGCAAAUCCUGCGCUAUUCCUCGAGAUGCGGUCUGCUAUGUGUACAAGGGCAUUGAAGCGACAAUUCACUAUUGCAAGAAGUGCUUUAGUGAAGUCAACAAGUCAGUCAAUGUGGGAUCUGAAGGGGACGUAUUGAAAACGAAGUUUCAGGAGAUGAAGAAUAUGGUCAACGACCCUGAGCCCUUUGUGUUUUGUUCGAUUUGCGUGCGGCGUAUGCACAAAGUUUGUGUUGGCUUCCAUCCCUCCAUCUGGAAAAGAGACUAUGAGUGCAAGGAGUGCCUGACAAAGAACAACAAGACUGAACCUGUCAACAAGUUCACUGCUAAAGCACUGCCGCGCAAUGCUCUAGAUACAUACCUUGAGGAGAGAAUCAACGCUUACCUUGCAACUGCUGAUACUAACCGUGAAGCUGGCCACAUUCACAUCCGCGUGCUCUCCAGUAGCAAGCAGACAGUGAAGGUCAAGGAUGCCACCAAAGAAAAGUUUGAUGAGCUAAGUGGCACAUCUUUUCCGGAGGAAUUUCCUUAUGUAGCAAAGGCUGUCUUUGCGUUUGAGGAAAUUGAUGGCGAGGAGAUGUGCUUCUUUGGCAUGCACGUGCAGGAGUUUGAUUCCGACUGUCCCGAGCCUAAUAGUCGGCGUGUAUACCUUUCGUAUCUGGACAGUGUCCAUUUCUUCCGACCAAGGCAUUUGCGUACUCAAGUGUAUCAUGAGCUGCUUGUCGCCUAUAUGGAGUAUGUAGCAAAGCGAGGCUUUGUCACUGCUCACAUUUGGGCAUGCCCUCCUGAGGAAGAUGACGACUACAUUUUCCACUGCCACCCAUCUGAGCAGAAGACACCAAAGCCGAAGCGUCUACAAGAGUGGUACAAGACCAUGCUGGACGGAGCAGUUGCUCAAAAGGCUGUUAUCGAUUAUCGGAAUAUUCACCAGUCUACACUUCAAGAUGGAGUCAGCGUACCCUCCGGUUUGCCAUACUUUGAGGGUGAUUACUGGCCUAACAUGGUUGAGCAGAUCAUCCAGGACAUAAGAAAGGAGGAGGAAGAAGAGAAGAAGAUUGCAGCUGAGGCCGAGCAGAAGAGUGGCAAGAAGGGAUGCUCACGGAAGUCUGGCAACAAGAGCGGGCUGCAGAAGAGCAAGCCAGCACAGAAGAGGGAUGUCGCUGUGCGUGUGCUGACCCUGGUGGAGAAGCACAAAGAUGUGUUCUUCACCAUUCGACUGAUACCUGCGAACAAGGUUGCGGACCUCGAGCCCAUACAGGAUGUGGACGAGCUGCGAAGUGGCGAUCUGAUGGAGGGCCGGGACUCAUUUCUUACCUACUGUCGCGAGAACCGUUUUGAGUUUUCGUCUGUGCGCCGCGCGCGGUACACUACGAUGUGCAUGCUCAUUGAGCUGCACGGCCAGUCCAAUGUCUUCGGCUACUUCUGCAAUAAAUGCUCUGCUGCCAUUAUUGGAAGUCGUUCCCAUUGCACAGUGUGUGAGGAUUAUGACCUGUGUUCUAAGUGCUAUCAGGAACACGGCCAUGAUCACCCGAUGGAGCAGAUCCACAACAUGGUCGGUGGUGAUGAAAGCUUUGAAGGUGCCACGGGAAAAUCUCAGCAACCUAAGAACCAGCGCUGCUACAUCAAGCGGUGUCUGGACAGUCUUGUUCAUGCGUGCCAAUGCUCAGCCCCCGAAGGAACCUGUAGCGAACCGAGUUGUGGCAAAAUGAAGAGAGUAGUUGUCCAUAUCCGCACUUGCAAGCUCAAGUCUAAUGGAAACUGUCAAAUAUGCCGUCAGCUCCUGCUUCUAUGUUGCUAUCACGCUAAGCACUGCAAAUCCUCACCAUGUCCAGUGCCGCUUUGUACGAAUUUCAAGCAACGAAAACAGCAGCGAGCAAUGAAGGGCCGGCAUAUGCAGAAUAUACUUAUGCAGCGCCGGAUGGCAGCCAUGAACAUGGGUGACAGCAGUGCACCCGCAAUUCUGCAGCAGCAGCAGCAGCAACAGUAGCAGACUCCUG